AUGAGGCUGUCCGUGACUGCCCUGCUGGUUACUCUGGCCCUUUGCUACUACGAGGCCAAUGCAGUUGUCUGUCCAGUAUUUGUUCUGGAUCUGAUAGAGUACUUCUAUAGUCCUGACCCAGUGUACAGGCUGUCACUCGUGAAGUACAAUGCACCUCAAGAAGCCAUGGCUGCCAAGAUUCAAGUGAAGCAAUGCACGAAUGAAUUCUCAUUCCAAAACAGACUACUCAUUACAAAGUUACUGGGGAAAAUACUGGUGAAUUGUUCUGUUACAGAUGUGAAAGGUUUACUAGAUCCUUCUGCGUGA